AUGUUCACACUAAACUGGGAAUUGGCUUUCUGUUUAGGAAAAGCGUUUUUAUCUGGACUAGCGCAGACAAUUUUAAAAACUUCUUUAUUCAACUAUGAAAGCGGUUACAAAGAAAUAAAUGAAAUUUUGUUAUAUGGAUCCGAAAACAAGGCACAUAUGGAAGAAAUUGGCCUAAACAAUUUACUUUGCAUUUAUUACAUGAUACUUCAUGCCAACAAGACUGUAGAUGUGUGUGUGCCAAGUUUCGAGAGCGACACCUUGGCUAACUGUCUCAUCAAAGUUCAUCAGAACGGUAAUGUGAAAAUUAGAAUCGUCAUACAUAACAGCGAUGAUUUUCAUAAUUUGCAUUUCUUCUCUCAAAAUGGUAUAGAGGUAAAAAUUAUUAAGCCAUUUGUGCGCUUGGAACAUGAGUUUUUGUUGAUCGACGCUUCCGAGAAGUUCAAACAUGCUGUAGCAGUAAUCGGCUCACUUGACUACAAUACCUGGAGGGUCAAUUGUAACAGAGACGCAACGGUACUCACGUCAGAGUCAACAGUGGUAAAAGCCUUGCAGAGAGAAUUUAAUCGAGUUUGGGAUUCCGUUUCUGAUAUAAGAAAACCUAAAAAUGACAUAGAAAAAAAUAAAUAA